GAAGAAGAAGGGGAGGAGAAAGGGGAAGAAGGGGAAGAAGAGCGGGAAGGAAAACAAGGGGGAGGAGAAGGGAGGGGAGGAGCUUCGCCACGGCCUGCUCUUCCCAGCCGGGAUCCGUGGCCGUAUGGCUUCGGUCUCCUCUGCGGGCUUCUCAGGCCACGGGGCUCCUUCACUGCUGCAGUUCCUGCGGCUGAUGGGGCAGCUCAAGAGAGUCCCACGGACUGGCUGGGUAUACAGAAAUGUCCAGAGGCCAGAGAGCGUGUCAGAUCACAUGUACCGGAUGGCAAUUAUGGCUAUGGUGAUCAAAGAUGACCGUCUUAACAAAGACCGAUGUGUACGCCUAGCCCUCGUUCACGAUAUGGCAGAAUGCAUCGUUGGGGACAUAGCACCAGCAGAUAACAUCCCCAAAGAAGAAAAGCAUAGGCGAGAAGAGGAAGCUAUGAAGCAGAUAACCCAGCUUUUACCAGAGGAUCUCAGAAAGGAGCUCUAUGAACUUUGGGAAAAAUGUGUAGGAGAACGAUCCAAGAUGGUUGAUGGCUACAUCUCGGGAUUGCAGCUCCCAGUGAAGCACAGAGAACGAGAGGACGCCACACUUUCAGACAAAUUUUGGUUGCUCACAGAGCAAAAGAUUCCCAGUGGAGGAGCUGCACGGGUCGCCAGUGCGACUCUUGUGGCCAGCGCAGUGGUUUGCUGGCACCUCGGUGCAGCAGCUCUUGGUGCAGAGUAAACGGGACUGGUUCCCCUUCUGACUGAGGUUUGGAGCUCCGGGAAGGCAGAGUCGCCUAUUAUGGACUCAAGAAGGAAGCCAGACUGGAGAUUCCUGGGCAGAAAAAGCACCAUCAGUCUUAACACUGCUGUUUUGGCCGGCGCAGUGGGUUGCUCAUAUUUUGGCCCUGGGAAUUAACAACUUGGACGUUCACUGAGUGACCUAAUUUGAAAGUUGGUAAUUACAAAGAUGACAGGUGGAUAAAUUUACAAAAAUGGGAAGAAACCAUCAUAAAAAGGUUGAGAAUACUCAAAAUCAGAAUGCCUCUCCCUCUAAAGAGGAUCACAGUUCCUCAUCAACAAGGGAACAAGGCUUGAUGGAAACAAGCGCAUCCCAUUAACAGAAUCAGGCUUCAGAAGAUGGAUAAUAAGACACUUCUGUGAGCUAAAAGAACAUGUUGUAGCCCAAUGUAAAGAAACUAAGAGCUUUGAAAAAAGGUUUGACGAAAUCCUAAUGAGAAUAGACAACUUAGAGAGGAAUGUAAGUGAGUUAAUGGAACUGAAGAAUAUAAUACGGGAACUCUGGGAUGUAUGCACAGGUUUAAGCACUUGAAUUGAUCAAGCAGAAGAAAGGAUAUCAGAGGUUGAAGUACAGCUUAACGAAAUAAAACGAGAAGACAACAUUAGAGAAAAAAGGAUAAAAAGGAAUGAGCAAAGUCUCCAAGAAAUGUGGGACUAUGUGAAAAGACCAAAUUUCUGUUUGAUAGUUAUACCUGAAUGCAACGGAGAGAAUGAAUCCAAGCUGGAAAAUAUUCUUCAGGAUAUUAUUCAGGAAAAUUUUCCUAAACUAGCAAAGCAGGACAAUAUUCAACCCCAGGUAAUACAGAGAACACCACAAGGAUAUUCCUCAAGAAGAGCAACCCCAAGGCACAUAAUUGUUAGAUUCAGCAGGGUUGAAACGAAGGAGAAUAUACUAAGGGCAGCCAGAGAGAAAGGUCAGGUUACCCACAAAGGGAAUCCUAUCAGACUUACAGCAGAUCUCUCAGCAGAAACUCUACAAGCCUGAAGAGAGCGGGGGCCAAUAUUCAACAUCCUUAAAGAACAGAACUUUCAGCCCAGAAUUUCAUAUUCAGCCAAACUAAGCUUCACAACUGAAGGAAAAAUAAAAUCUUUUAUGAACAAGCAAGUACUCAGAGAUUUUAUUACCAUCAGUCCUGCUUUACAAGAGCUUCUGAAAGAAGCAUUACACAUAGAAAGAAACGACCAGUAUUAGCCUUUCUAAAAAUAUACCAAAAAGUAAAGAGCAUCAACAUAAAGAAGAAUUUACAUCAACGAAUGGAUAAAACAGCCAGUUAACAUCAAAUGGCAGUAACCCUAAAUUUAAAUCGACUAAAUCCCCCAAUCAAAAGAUAUAGCCAAAACCCAACGGUAUGCUACAUCCAGAUCCAUUUCACAUGCGAGGAUACACAAAGACUCAAAAGAAAGGGAUGGAGAAAGAUUUACCAACCAAAUGGAGAGCAAAAAUAAAUAAAUAAAUAAAAAGCAGGAGUUGCGAUUCUCGUAUCUGAUAAAAUAGAUUUUAAAGCAACAAAGAUAUAGUGGUAAAAGGAUCAAUGCAACAAUAAGAGCUAACGAUCCUAACACCCAGAUACAUAGAGACUUAGACUCAAUGAGACAGAAAAUUAAUAAGGAUAUCAAGGACUCGAACUCAGAUCCGGAGCAAGUAAACUUAAUAAAUAUUUAUAGAGCUCUCCACUUUAAAUACACAAAAUAUACAUUCUUGUCAAUACCACAUCAUACCUACUCACAGGUUUAAAUGAAAUAUUUAUUGGCCAUUAUUAAUACCCAUUUUUUUUAGAAUAAAGCAACAUUUCCAUUCUCUCUCCCUCUUUUUCUUUCUCUUUCUUCCUCUCCUUGACUCCUUUUUUUUCUUUCCUUCUCUCAAAAAAGAAAAAAAGAAAUCAACUUGUAGACCUCUAGAUCCAGGUCAGCAAUGUCUCUCUCAUUGCCUGAUUUCCUUCCUUCCCUUCUCUCCCUCCCUCCCUUCCUCCUUUCCUCCCUUCCCGCCUUCCUCCCUUCAAAAAAAAAAAGAAAGAAAUGUGUAAGUUCAUGAGAAUUUGUUUUAAGAUGUAUUUCCUAAUGGUCUUUAAAUAUUUUUCUCACUUUCAGUUUUUAACAGAAAAAAAAAAUUCUAGACUGCUAUGCUUGGAGUAUUUCAUUUCCUUUUAUUAAAUCAUGAACUUGAAUUUAUUAAACAUAAAUAUAUAACUGAAUGUGAAUAAACAAAUAAAGUGAAAUUAUUUUUCAGUGCC